AAAAAGAAAGAAAGAAAGAAGGAAAAGGGUAAUCUCACAUCGAGAGAGAGAGAGAGAGGGGGACAUAUGCUCUUUUGAUGCCUUAGCGACGAAGAUAAAAAAUUCAAAAUACUUCGAAAAUCAAAAGCUUUUAAGGGAUCGUAUAGUCAUGGCAACUGCAACUAUGGCCACAGCAGCCGGUGCAGCUGCUCUUUUGUACUACACUUUGAAUCAAAAAUUACAAUCGAGAAGGUCUCAUGGGGAUGAUGAUGGAAAUGAUAGCGAUGCGCCUGAUCAUGCUCCUUUGGUUAAUGAACGUGUUUCGCAUAGACUAAUUCAAGCCCCAGCGACAUGGUUAGACACAAUUUCGACAUUGUCGGAGACUCUUAGGUUUACUUACUCUGAGACUCUGGGGAAGUGGCCCAUUGGGGAUUUGGCAUUUGGGAUCAGCUUUCUUCUAAAGAGGCAGGGAAACUUGCAUGUUGGCAGUGUAUUUGGUGGUAAAGACAGUUUAUUGCUCAAAGGACCAGAUAUAACUGCUGAACUCAGAUACCUCUUAAACUUGUUGACCCUAUGUUGGCAUUUUUCAAAAAAGCCAUUUCCUUUGUUUUUAGAGGAGACUGGCUAUUCCAAAGAGAAUGUUCUUCUUCAGGAACCCAAAGCAGGAAUUUUAAAGCCAGCUUUUACAAUUCUAGUUGACCACCGUGCAGAAUGUUUUCUCUUAUUGAUUCGUGGGACACAUAGUAUUAAGGAUACUCUGACUGCUGCGACUGGAGCUGUUGUACCAUUCCAUCACAGUGUUGUGCAUGAGGGAGGAGUCAGCAAUUUGGUUUUAGGUUAUGCGCAUUGCGGGAUGGUUGCAGCUGCUAGAUGGAUUGCGAAGCUCGCUACUCCUUGUCUUAUUAAAGCACUUGGCCAAUAUCCUGGUUAUAAAAUUAAGAUCGUAGGGCACUCUUUAGGUGGAGGCACUGCAGCACUUCUGACAUAUAUACUGCGAGAGCAGAAAGAAUUUUCGACAACGAUCUGUGUUACUUUUGCUCCAGCUGCUUGUAUGACAUUGGAAUUGGCAGAAUCAGGCAAUGCUUUUAUUACUUCUGUUAUAAAUGGAGCUGACUUGGUGCCUACAUUCUCAGCUGCUUCGGUGGAUGACUUGCGUGCUGAGGUGACGGCCUCUGCUUGGCUAAAUGAUCUGAGGAAUCAAAUUGAGCAUACAAGAAUUCUCAGUACUGUCUAUCGUUCUGCUUCAGCACUGGGUUCUCGUCUUCCAUCUAUUGCUAGUGCUAGAGCAAAAGUUGCUGGAGCCGGAGCAAUUUUGCGUCCAGUAUCCAACGGUACACAGGUUGUGAUGAAGACAGCUCAGAGCAUGGCUCACGCAGCAUGGACACGCCCUGGUCUUCGCUUGUCUUCUUGGUCAUGCAUGGGUCCCCGUCAUCGGGCCACAGCUGCUCGUGCAACCUCAAAAGAGGAGGGAAGUUUUCCCGAAUCUUCUGCUACCAAUAUAGAAGCUUCUGACGAUCUUCUGUCAUCCUCCCAGAACACUGCAACCACAACUGCAAUUGAAACCAUUGAAGUUGCUGUAUCUUCAUCUGUAGGAAUGGAAUGGACUCCAGAAAUGGAAUGUUAUUCUGAUGAAAUAGGUCCAAAUGUUGACGGGGUUGCUGAUCUCAAUGGUGUAGAAGAUCUCAUUAGCCAUAAUAGUCAUGAAGACCGCAUGACCGAAGUUGAAUUAUGGCAGCAACUUGAGCAAGGGCUUUAUGAUAGGACGGAUGGCGAGGAGGCUGAUGUGGCGAAGGAAAUAAGAGAAGAGGAGGCAGCAGCCAUUGCAGAGGUAAGUGAGGACCAGCCAGAGAGCUCUACACGAGAAAUAAAUGAAGUACACAGAUUCUACCCUCCAGGGAAGAUUAUGCAUAUUGUUACCCUUCCCUGUGAUGUUGCAGAGAGUGAAAGUGAUAGUAGCCCUACCACCAGUGGCUCAGAGAAUGGCCAUACAGAAGAGACUAAGGUCGGGAUUUUUCUCACUCCUAGAUCACUGUACAGUAAACUGCGGUUGUCACAAACCAUGGUUAGUGAUCAUUUCAUGCCGGUCUAUAGAAGGCAAAUUGAAAGACUAAUAAAAGAUUUUGAGGAGGAAGAAGGCCUUAAUGACCAUAAAACUGGAGAGGUAGUUUUAUAGGAAAAGGGAUUCUUUCAACCAAUAGUUGUUAAUAAGCACAAAAUUCUGGUUGUUUACCCCAUUGAUUUUGAAGCCAGGGUACCUAGAAAGAUCAGUCCAUUGCUUUGCUGCAAUGGGGAAGGCUUAUGAUGGGGGAGGCACCAGUUUGAUGCCCUAACUGCUGAAACCUAGGAACAAAAUGGACGAACUCAAUUUUGGCUUCUCUGGAAAUGAUGUUGGAAGGUCAUCCCAGGGAUGUAUACAGUAUAACCAAAAUCGUAGUUGUGUAAUUUAGUAGAAUUUUGAGGUCAAAUUCAUUCUUUUGUUCUCAAUUGAUUGAUUGAGUUGAUUUUGUGUCUGUCA